UCCGCGCUAAAAGGACACUCGAGCUAGUUGCUGCACAACGCCGCCGCAGCAGCACAGCUUCCUCCCGUUGGGCCAAAUUACUUUCGCGAACGUCCCCAAAAGGACACACCAGAAACGGGACGACACACAAAAAAAAACGAGCAGCGAUGUCCACGUUGAAUCAGCAUAACAAUAUGUGCCACUCCAACAUAAUAUUCAUCAUACUUUUUAUUUUUAACGAUUACGUCACAGGUGACAUCAGUACAUCCUUAGCGUUAAAUAAGCUAAAUUCUGGCGGAACAUUCUUCGCCGGACCAUACCUGGACGGAAGCGGAGUUAGUAAUGUAACCACACAGAUAGGAACACAUGCAUAUCUGCCAUGCAAGGUGAAACAGCUGGGGAACAAGUCGGUGUCGUGGGUGCGGGUGAGGGACGACCACAUCCUCACCGUGGACAGAAUGACAUUUAUAGCCGACGAACGUUUUCAAUCAUUCUACGUAGAGAACAACGGCGUUUGGACGCUGCAGAUCAAAUACGUACAGGCGCGUGAUGCCGGGAUCUACGAGUGCCAGGUGUCGACAGAGCCGAAAAUAAGUGCUAGAGUACAUCUGCACGUUGUUGUGCCAAGAACCGAGCUUAUUGGAGAUUCCGAUCGGUACGUGAAGGCGGGGAGCGCCGUCAUACUGCGCUGCGUCGUCCGGGGCGCCCUCGAGCCACCGUCCUACAUCAUCUGGUACCACGGCACCCAGCAGAUUUUCACCGAAAACCGACGGGGCUGGAAAACGCAGCUGGAUCGCGGUGCACCGGACCUCGACGGUGACAUUCAUAGCACGGUAAGCGAUCCUCAUACUACCACACUAUAACACACCAGCUACAGGCAGUCAAGUUGAGAAAUUCUCUGGGAAUUUACAUAUUUUCGUUUACCCAAGAAUCCUUUUUUCGCCUGGAAACAUGCCAAAAAAUAUCGAAGCCUUCCUCAAU